AUACACAACCUAACAACUCUUGGUUAUUUUUUAAUAAAACGGGGUAGUUUAAUUUGAAAAUGGCUUCUGUGAUGGAUGUUGAUGAAGAAGAAGUUGAAAUGGCUUCGUCUAGUAGUGGCAAAGGAGAUAAAAAAAGAUUCGAAGUAAAAAAGUGGAAUGCAGUAGCACUCUGGGCUUGGGAUAUUGUUGUCGACAACUGUGCUAUUUGCCGAAAUCACAUAAUGGAUCUGUGUAUCGAAUGCCAAGCAAAUCAAGCCUCAGCCACUAGUGAAGAAUGCACAGUUGCUUGGGGUGUUUGUAAUCAUGCAUUCCAUUUCCACUGUAUUUCCCGUUGGUUGAAGACUCGACAAGUUUGUCCACUAGACAAUAGAGAAUGGGAGUUCCAAAAGUAUGGUCAUUAAAUGUCAUUUAGAAGAGCUGCAUCCUGCACAGGAGUUUGACAUCUUCUGAACAUAGGGAAUUAACAUGUCAAUAUCUAUUAAGUUUGUAAUAAUAAAAUAACUCUUACAAAAUUCUGUAUGUGAAUUUUAAUUGAAAAUUCGUUGAAAAUCUGUUGUUCAUAAUAAUCUGGCAUAAAAAUAGUAAACUCCUAUGAUUAUAAAUAAAAAUUUUACUUAAUGGAAGCAAGUCACUCCAAGAUAUUCUUGCAAGCACGUUAUAAAUUACAAGGUAAAUAAAAAUUACAUAAAUUACUCAAUAAAGUAUAAAAAGAAUUUUCAGAGGCAUUUUAUUGUG